UCUCCUAGGCCCACCCGCCGAUGGCAUCUUGACCCGUGAACUGGAGUGUCUCCCGUGUAAGUGAGGGCUCUGAACCCAGCAGGUAAGCACGGCGGCCACGGCCCGCCAGAGAGGACAAGAAAAUUCCCGGUUGUUUAAGUGUAGCCUGCACUUCCACUGAGAUCUUGAUGCCUGGGAGCAGCCGAGCAAGAAGCAACGGUGCUUUCUUUCACCUGCUCUCACAUUGUCGCCGAGAACGACUCGGUGAAAGCGGCCUUCACGACUUGCUCAUCAAAGCCACCCGUCAACUCGAUCUCAUUCCUCGUUUCUGGUCCUUACUACGAAACCGCGGCGACCAUGGCGCAUCCGCAAAGCAGCAAGCUCUCCGAAGGCAUACUGCAGGAACUCAGCAGCACCCAGUAUGCCUGCUCCUCUCUUGAGCCGCUCUCGGGAGGCACGGCCAACUUCAUCUUCAAAGGCACACUCACCAGUCCUCUCCCAGACGGAACCAGUGUGGUUGCCGUGAAGCAUGGAGAGAGUUUCAUUGCCUCGAUGCCCGACUUCCAGCUACCCCCCUCUCGCUGCCAAGCCGAAGAAGAGAGCCUGAAGGCCCUCAGCGGGCUGCCACCCAUCCCGGGGACAUACGCUGUCCGGGCUCCCAAGCUGUACUACUUCAACGCGGCCACAAACACACAGGUGCAGGAGUACCUCCCCCACGCGCUGAGCCUGAAGGACUACGCACUCAAGCACUUCUCCGCGUCAUCCCGCGACCCGUCCCGGAAGCCGGUCUGCGCCGAGCUCGGGCGCAGCCUGGGCGCCUGGCUGCGCAGUUUUCACGAGUGGGCGGCGCUGCCGGCGCAGUCCGGGCUGCGCGCGGCGGCGCGCGCGAACGAGGGGAUGGCUCGGCUGAAGCACCUGGUGAACUACCCGGCGCUGGGCGAGACGGUCGCGAACUUCCCUUCCGUUCUCGGGGACGCGAAGGAGACGUUCGACGAGAUCAGCAAGGCCACCGCGGACGAGCUGCAGCGCCCGGAUCUCCAGCUCAUCCAUGGGGAUUUCUGGACGGGCAACGCCCUCCUGCCGGAUCGGCCGCUGACAGAAGGGGAGACGACGCCCGUCUUCAUCGUGGAUUGGGAGAUGUGCCAGCUCGGCGUGCGCCCGCUGGACCUGGGCCAGAUGGUCGCCGAACUCUACGAAUUGUCCCUGUUCAAAGACAUCGACGAGGGCAAGUGGCUGAUCGAGGGGUUCGCGGCGGGCUACGGCUACGUCGACGACGAGUUUGCCUUCCGUACCGCGCUGCAUGCGGGCACCCACCUCAUCGCGUUUGGCAGUCGGGUGCCGGGCUGGGGCUCGCCCGAGCAGGUGCAGCAGGUCGUGGGCGUGGGGAAGGAGUUGGUUCUGCGCGCCUGGCAUAAAGAUCGCGCGUGGUUUGAGGCGGGCGAUCUGGCCUGCCUGUUUGGCGGCCAGUGAGCCGACUAGACUGCUGUGUGCGACAGGCAGUAUCCGUGACGC